AUGAAUAUCUCCGCACUGCUAUACUUCUUUAAUGUCCUAUGGGCAGCCCCUGGCUUUGUUUUCUCACGAGCAAUUGCUUCAUACAAUACUGCACGGUUCGAAGUACAUUCCUUGCCGGGCGUUUCGGACCUUCCACCCAGCUGGGCUGGUCGCCUUCCGGUUCCGGGGACAGAAGAUGGAAAUGAGAUAUUCUUUUGGCUAUUCCAGUCAGAGCAACCGGCAUAUGAUGGCAAUUUGAUCAUAUGGUUCAAUGGCGGCCCUGGUUGCUCAUCCUUGAUAGGUCUAACGACCGGCAACGGGCCCAUUACGUUCGAUGGCAAUUCAACUCAAUUCAUUCGCAAUCCACACUCGUGGACAAAGCUGGGCAAUGUCCUUUACGUUGAUCAGCCCGUGGGCACUGGCUACUCCACAGCCAGCUUCCCUUACCCAGUUAAGAACAAUGACCGGGUAACGACGGACUUUACACAGUGGUUGCGUGGCUUCUUCGAAUACUUCCCGCACCUCCAGAAAAAGCAGAUCCACUUAAUGGGGGAGUCAUAUGCAGGCAUCUUCAUACCCUAUUUUGCAUCAGAGCUUCUCGAGGGCAAAGAUUCCCUGCCUCUCAAUGUGCGUUCGAUGUCCCUCGGUGACGGAUCUUGGGGAAAUGGAGCAGCCAUGGCGGCUGUUGCAAUGGGCAAAUAUCUCAGGUCACAGUUGGGCCUCCUUCAAAUUCCCGAAGACGUUCUAUCUGUCUUCGACGAGGCAGAUGAAACCUGCGGCUUCAACGACGUGCUAGCAGAAUCCUCCAUAUACCCUCCCGAGGCUAGGAUUCAUAUCCCCGGAAACCCAGAGUACUUCAACCUCCGACGUCGAGACCUAACAAGUGCCGUCAACGCGGCAUGCGAUAUCUCACCCACAACCCCGGAAGAAGUCCGCACUUCAAUAUUCAACUCAACCUGCUACGGCCCCUGCGCCGUCUUCUCAACAGCAAGUGACUACCUAACAGCCGUCUCCGCCAACCGCACAACCCGCGGCUGCUUCGACAUCUACGACAUUUCCCACGACUGCAGCACCGUUUCAGAGCUCCCACUGAUGGCAGAGUACUUCGGCCGCGCAGAUGUCCAGACCGCCCUGCAUGUCGAUAACAGCGGACUGUACAGCGCCUGCAACUCCACAAUUCUAAAUACGCUCCUUUCAGCGCCCUCCCCCGUGCCACCGGAGUACUUCGUCCUCCCGUCUCUGGUCACCAACCACAACAUCUCCCUCCAUAUCUACUCAGGCGAGUGGGAUAUGUUGAUCAACCACUUUGGCGCGGAACUCUCGCUGCAGAAUAUGACGUGGCGUGGUGCGCAGGGCUUCGCGCAGAAGCCGACUCCUGCUCGAGCACACGCCCCGGCUACUACGCUCUCGACUGCCACUCCCACUGCUGCUGCUGCGGGUACGUGGACUGAGGAGCGUGGAGUGUCGUAUCAUCUAUUCCGUGAGGCUGGUCACAGUGUCUUUGUGAACAAACCACGCGAGAUGUUUUCAUAUGUGAGGGAUGUGGUUGUUGCUCCGCGGGCUGGUUGA